AUGGAGUGCUUGAAGGACCAUUUCGUUAGUGACGUCCUCCUCGAUGGCCGAUAUCGAACAAUCAGGCCUCUGAACCAUGGGUCCUUCGGCAUGGUUUUUGUGGCACAAGACAUGAUGACAUGUGAGACUGUUGCCAUCAAAUGCUUGACGAAGAAGUCUGCCACCUCGGAUGUGGGAGUUGAGCUCGCCGUCGACGAAAAAUCAGAAGAGCUCGUGCUGCAUAGGAAUCUCGGAACCCACGUCAACAUUGUGAACCUUCUUCAUUCUUUUGAAACCGAGGCCCAUGUCUAUUUAGUCAUGGAAUUCUGUUCUCAGGGCGACUUGUACGAAGCGAUCAGAAACGGUCAUGGACCUCUGGAAACCGAGCACGUUCGUCAAUUCAUGUUGCAACUUGUUGAUGCCGUUGCCUAUAUUCACUCCAAGGGUGUCUUCCACCGCGACAUCAAACCUGAGAACAUCUUCCUUACGCAGGAUGGUGCAAUGAAGCUAGGUGACUUCGGCUUAGCGACCAAGGACAAGUGGUCUUUUGAAAUGACGGUCGGAAGCGAUCGAUAUAUGGCACCCGAGCAGUUUGAUUCAGCUGGCGCAGGGUACUCUCCUGCCGAAGCCGAUAUCUGGGCUAUAGGCAUCUGCUUACUGAACAUUCUGUUCUCGCGAAAUCCAUUCACGACCCCAACGGAAGCCGAUCCCCUCUUUUUGGAUUUUUCUCGCGACAAGCAAAGCCUGUUCGACGUUUUCCCGGAUAUGUCGCAAGACACGUACGAAGUUAUUGUGCAGUGUAUGAACUUGGAUCCUCGACGACGUUCGCUGGAAGGUGCCCGGGAUGCUCUGCUCCGUGUAGUCAGCUUUACCACCGAGGAUGAAUCUCUGGACGACUUUUGUGGAGCAGAAAAGGCUGCAGUUGCAUCAGCCAACCGUGAACCACUCCGCACUCCGUCCAUCCAAAGCUCUCAUGUGGACAACCAAACUGGUGCCUUCCCGUGGACCAAAGCUCUUCACGCCGAUUCUCAUGGUCAGCCUCGACAACUCAGUGUCAUCCCCGACAUCGAGAGCUACACGGAAGACUUGUUCUCAAAGUCCGGGGACACAGCUGACUGGUGCUCUGCUUAUGCCCAAACCCCUUCAAUGUCAUCAGGCUUUGGUUCGCAGCUUGAUGUCGCUAUGAGGUCUCUUGCAAUCAACGACAAGACGCGCCGUACCGUCGUGUCACCUUCAGCUGGCUCUCUCCCAAUUGCCAUGACGAAACCUUUCGCAUUGCCAACGCCAACUAUCUUGGGCCGUCGUGAUGGAGCUGUAUCGAAGAGCUGGAGUGACAUGUGGGAUGAGGACGAAGAGGUGGAACAGGAAGAACAGAGAAAGAGUCUUCAGGAAUUCAACUCUCGCACAUGGAGCCAGGAAAGCCAAAUCGAGGUGAAGAAGGAUGACAUUCUGGACGCUGGACCUGUGUCUCAAGUAACCAUCAAGGGUGACGUGGAUGACGAUCUUGUUGCUGACGGCUUCUUUUUCCAAGAGUCUCCCGUCAGGGCACUCGCGGAGAUGACUCCUCGCUAUUCCCCUCCGUCCAAGAGACUGAGCUUCGACAAGUGGGCCGCAUUGGGUGAGCGUCGCAGAGGCCAAAGCGCGUUCACGGAGGCUGAGAAGUUGGUCUACUUGAAACCCCAACGUCGAUGUGGUUUUGGGCAUAAGAUUUGUGAAACUGGCGUUCGGGAUCAUUCAUGCAACACAAAUAAGCACUGGGGCAAAGAUCGUGCGAAGGAAGCCCACAGAAUCAAAGGUAGGGAUCUGAACUGGCGCCGGGAUCACAAGCCCACCGAUUUUGGAGAUGUUGAGUGGGUUGGCGGUUGGUAA